UCGAAACUAUGCCGACGAUGCCUUUGCCUGACGCUGUCAAAUCAUUGUUGAAGCAUCUGCAAGAUGGAUUUGGGUUAUAUGUUAUUCCGUAUGGUCUAAAGACAAAGCUUCACGAUCCUCAAUCAAUUCUGACCGAAAUAAUUCCCGAAUCUGCCUAUUUUGAUUCGAGCGAAAUGUCUGAUCAUACUAUUAACACCUUAUGGAGCGAGCUUGAAAGGGUGCGCCUUGAUGCAAUCGAUUGUGAAUCAUAUGCAAAAGACGAGAAUGCUUGGUGUCUGGAUGUUGUGCAACCAAUAUUAUCUUCUGACAAGCAUGAAAACAGCAAAUUAAAUUUAAUCAGCGUGCAAUCCCAGCAGAUUGAUCAGUCGCUCCUUCCAGUCACAAGAGAUGGCGUGAAACAUAUUAACAAAAAGACCGACUACGCUUUCUUUUUCUCCCCUCGAGACCCGGAAGUCUCGGGCCUGUAUCAAAAGCUGAGCAUCGGUGGUCGUGGCAUGCAAAUCAGCCACACCACCGAUGCUUUCAGCAAGAGAGUGACACUGUUCUCCGGAAUUGAGGUCAAGGCGGCGGACGGGCGCAAGUAUGAGGCACUAGCGCAGCUAGCCAAAUGGCUAGCUGCCAGCCUCGAGAUGAACCGGAAGCUUGGAAUUCUGGCUCAAGGCGAAAAUGCCGAUCAGCCUGGUUGGCUCUUGCCAACCGUAGGCCACGUCGUCGUGGGCCAUGACUGGCUCACGUAUCUCUGUUACAAGGCAGAAAAUGUCGUGCGUGUCCUGGGCCCCAUCGAUGCACUCUCGGCGAACAGCAGGUCAAUUUACGGCAUAAUCAAGCUCCGUGACCUGCACCGCCGAGUCAACAGAUAUGCUACCGAUGUCUAUUGGCCAUGGGUACGAGACGAGAUCCUCCGGCCUCUGGCCUCGAAGGCGUAAAGAUUGCAAUGAGGGUUCCCGAGAGAUGACUACAUUAGCAUCAAGAAUUUAUAUGGCUGUUCUUUUUUUCUUUUUCUCUUUUUCUUUUUUCUAGAUUUGAUACCAAGAAGAUGUUAUGGUGGCUCUUGUGGUGAUGGCGUACCAUUCCCUUUGUCUUAUCGUGUUAUGGAUUUUACCACCAUUACUGUGAACCAUGUGUGUAUUUGCUAUGGUGGCUAGAUUUAAAUAUUCCGAGCU